AUGCAUACUCGGAGCGCUGCAAUGGCGCACUUCCAGUUCGUCACUGUGCAGGGGACACCUGAUAAGAGCAGUGAUAAGGCUGCUAAGCGUCUCGCUCGAUCACACGCAGUGAAGCAGGCCUUACAGAAAAAGCGACAACGGCAACAGGAAUCGAUGCAACAUUUUUCCGUGAGAACAUUAGAAGAUGAACAGGAACAAAGGAGAAUGUUUUGCAAGUGGCAAGUCAAUAGGCAAAUAUCGCCCUCACCUACUACGCUAUCUGCAAGUCUGCUUGAUCCCUUCCAAAGUCUUCCCGUCAACUCCAAACGGCUACAGAUCUUACUGAACGAUUUCAAUGCACGCCAAGCUCCGGAGCCUGUAUUCAGCGUCGAAGAUGACUUUCAGAACUUCAAAUCGGUGUUCCGAUCUGGGCUCAUUGAUCCUGCUCUAUUGAAUGCGGUGAUGUUGUCAUUGGCUUUCACCGCAAAUGGCGGUGUCAUCAACAAAGAAUGUCUUGUAUACCGUGGCCAAGCGAUUCAGCAUAUCCGUGAAAGAAUAAGUACGCCUGAGAAAGUAGUGUCGGAGUCAACCAUUGGUGCCAUCCUGUUACUAGUUGGUGUUGAGGCACGUCUUGGCACAACUUCGCAAGUUCAGCUUCACAUGGGUGCAAUACAGUACCUUCUCAAUGCCUGUGAACCAGUCAUUAUGAAUCUCACAGAAGGCAUCAAGCGGGCCAUAUUUUGGCAGGACUUGAACUCGUCAAUCAUGCUCCAGAUUUCUUUGAGCUACCGUCAGGCUUCCAAGUACGCUCUCACUUAUUCAGCCAAGAAUUUCUGGAUAUAG